GAGCAGAAAGCUGGUUUGCACUCGCAUCAAUCAGCACGAUCACCGAACUGUCGGCAUCGAACGGGUCGGUCGCAUUCGACUCGACGCGCGCGCGCUUUGGUGGCUGGCUGGCCGCGGCCGGGACGUCCGCACUGUGCGGCAUCUCGGCAGCCUCGAUGUGUCUGUAUGUUGUUUACGCACGGUCUCUGUGUUUGGUUUUGUGAAUGGGUGGGUUCGUGACCGUGACCAAUGACUAUCUUCAAUUUAUGACCACACAACCGCACAGUUGAGUUUAGUUGAAUUUCAGAACAGACCCAACGCCGAGCGGCCGGCGCCGAAUAUUUUUGUUUGAAUGGGAAAAACAACAAGUGUUUUGAAGUGUCGUUAGAGUUGUCUUGUCACUUUUUAAUAUUUGUAUUUUUGUAACAUAUGCAAUGUGUCUGUGGUUUCGGGGAUGAAUUCUGUACUCUUCUGAAGAUUUUUGGUAUCUUAGUGUUAAAAUGACCUCUAGGGACUUACUCAAUUCUAGCAUUUCUCAAAAGAAUUUAAUGAAAGAAAACAUAACCCCACACAAAAUUGCUGUUGUUUUAUUUAUUAAAGAAUUUUGUUUGAUUAAAGCAAAGGCUCGCCCAGGCCAAUUGUUGACUUGUGAAGAUGGUUCUUUCUACAGUGUUGAACCUGUACAUAGGAGAGAUUUUUGUAUGCUUGUACUGAAAUUGAUUCAAUCACCAGAUAUGGAGUUGUCGGAAUUCAUGACAGUCUUACACUCAGGACAAUACUCAUGGUUACCUGCUCAUCUAUCUGCUUUGAAGAAGACACUUGCUGAAAUUAAUGAUGGAGGAGUUUGUGCAAUUCAAACACUUAUUCACGACCUUAACACUACCAUAUUCUCAGACUCUGCAUUACUCCAACCAGUUGUCAAUAAAAGUAGCAUAAUAGGGCUCUUUCUUCGACGCAUAAUAAUAUUCUUUGACAAGCUGACUUUCUCGCAAGUGGUUGCCAUUUAUCGAUCGUACAAAGCCUAUUACUACAGAGCAAAGUUAGCUGGUGCAGACCUCAGAUGUGCAGCUGAAAAUUAUGCUGCCGGUUCAUCUACUGUUGCUGACUCUAUUAGGUCUGAGGACAUGGAUAUUUCGUCAGCAAUAGGGCUUGAUAGUGAAUGUAAAUUGCCAAGUCCCAGUUCCAGAGGAGGAAUGAAGAUGGAUUUAUUAGCUCUUGAAGGAGAAGUUGUGAGUUGGAGUAGGAGACAAGCGGAACUGUUCAUUGCUCAACAAGUCAACCUACUUCAAAAUAAUGAAAGCCUUGCUCUUUCCCCACCUAAACUCCAAGAAAAGAUAAGGGAUAUUUUACAAGCAAACCCUGAUUAUGCUGAAGCGCAUUAUUUAAGCUAUCUUAAUUGCUUGCGAGUUCGUGAAUACUGUGGGGCAGUUGAUAGUCUAUUUCACUGUUUUGAUCGUAACACAGCCAUUGCUGCAAACAGCACUACAAUUGAUGACAAAAAUAGAAGCUUUAGGUAUGCAACCUUAAAUUUGGCAAUCCUCCAUGCUCAAUUUGGUCAAAGGGGGGAAGCUCUGUGUGCUUUACGAGAAGCUGUUCAAAUGGCCCACGAAGCUAAUGAUGACAUCUGUCUACAACAUGCUCAAACAUGGCUCUAUCGACUUAGCAAUAAUAAUAAGGAGGUACUAAUUCAGAGGUCAGUGCAAAGGAGCUCUGAUCUUAAACUAAGUUACUUGACAAGUCUAGGUAUACAGUCACUUGCUCAGUGUACUGCCAUAACUGGUACCAAGCCAGCAAUAGUUUUUGAGAUAUUGAUGAAGAGUGAUACUCUAAAUCAGAAUUCUGUCCUUGAACUAUUGGCCAAUAGCUUUGCCCAAAAAGCAGCUUUGUGGCUCCUAUAUGGCAAGAUGGAAAUGAGUUUACUAGCCAGUCAGCUCUUACUUUGCCUCUACACUCUUGAUGCUAUGCCAAACUCUGGUUAUAGUGGGGAAAGCACCUGCCUUGCCUUGUGUUGUGUGGCCAAUGCCUUUGUACAGGAGGGCAAAUACCAAUUAGCAUCAGUAUUACUUCAGCAUGCUCGUCUACAAUUUCCCCACGAACCCAUGUCUCAUGCUUGGAUGUAUAUUGAACAACUUCUGUACUUCUUUGAAGCUCUUCAUAAUGGUCGCUGGCAAGAGGCAGAACAAGCAGUUGGUCGCAUGUCAUCUGUCCAUAAAUGGGAUAGCUUAUUGAGGAAAGCUGAGCUUUUGCUUUCCAAAGGUGAUGCCGUUGGUGCUAUGAGUGCAGUUCACUCUGUUUUGGACGCUCCAGCCAACGAGUGUGACAUGGGGAGUGGUGUAGGUUUACAUAGUACCCACAACACCGGUGGAGCCAGAUUAGCUUUACGCGUGCGUGCUCUAGUUCUCAGUGCAGAAGCUCAAUCGGUUAAUGGCCCAGCUCCCGCAACUGCUGUCUGUGUGCUGACUACAGCUCUUGGCUUGGCUCAGCAGAACUACCUUGAACUUCAUGCAGCUCUGGUUGCUUGCCAUUUAGCAAAUCUUCAGCUUCAACUUGGAUUACCAGCUCAAGCUCUCAGUCUUUUAGAUGAAUGGUUACUUGUUGUUUUGGCACAUGGUGGAGCUUAUGAUCGUGGGAGAGCUUUACUUCUAUUGGCAAAGUGCCGUGUAGCAGCUGCAACAUCAUUACCUUGCAGUCUUGAAGACAGAAUCAGAGUUGUAACAGAAGCAAUCAACACCCUUGAAAGAGCCAAAACUUUGUUUACCCAGGUUGAAGCUAUCUCCAGGGUGAAAGAUGUCCUUUACUUACAGGCACUAUUGUACAAUGAAGUAGAUUGUGUAUUAGGGAGGAAGAAGUGUGCUCUUGAAUUUCGUGCACUUGAUGAGCAGCAUCCAACCAAAAUAGCUACUACUUUAUUAAAUCGGUUUUAAUUGAUAAGAGAAUAAAGAGUGAAAGAUUAUUACAUUAA